AUGUCUUGCCUCCCAAACCUUCCGCACCAUGAGCCCGGCGCCGCUCUAAUCGUGUGCUUGUGCUUACCCACAGCGGCGGAUGGGCGACAGAAAUUGAACGAGGCUCUUGAAGAAUGCCUGACUCCGAAGACGAGAAACACGGCUGACCCCAAGAUCGUGUCGGUCGUGGAUUGCAGCAGGCAAAAGCGCCUUGAGAAGGCCAAAAUCGAAGGCUCGACAUCCGAGCUCUUCAUCGCGGCCUCCAAGGCAAGAACAAAAGGAUGGACGAGAAUCGGCGCCGUCGACAACCUCACCUACCGCCUCCUCUGCGGCCAGAGGCGCCCCGGCGAGAGACCAGAGUGCUCCAUGAUCAUCCUGGAGAAGACGGCCAGCAACGAAGACGACGACAGCACGCCCGAAGCGGCCGCGAAGCGCUUCCCCCUCGCCCAAGCCAUCCGCAUCCUCACACAGCAGCACCAACACGAUCAACAACCCAUCACCGUCAACCGCACCGCCAGCCCCUUCGAAGCCCUCCACCCGCUGGUCGGCGUCAACCACCGCCGCCUGUACGACGGCCUCGGCUGCGUCCUGCACGACUGGUCCCUGCCGCUCUUCGGCUCGGCCGCCGCCGUCCGCGCGCGCCGCGCCCGCGACAGAGCCGUCGACCAGGCCCUCGGCGUCGUCGCCGCCACCGCCGCCGCUCCGCCCUCGGGCCGCCGCCGCCCCCCCGCCCUCCCGCUCGAACUGGCCGAUGCCGUCAAGGAGGAGCUCGCGGCGCCGGAGCCGCUGGAGGACCUUACGGCGGCGCCGACGUUCGUGAUGAACGACCCCAAGGUGCUAGAGUUCCAUGCGUUGGUGGCGCUGCGCGAUGUGGAGGCCGCGACGAGGGUUUUGAACGACAAGCUCGCUGCUGCUGCUGCUGCUGGUGCUGCUGGUGCUGCUACCGCUGACAAGGGAGUCGGUAGCGCCGUGAAGAACGACGGGAAGAAGAAGAAGAAGAAGAAGAAGAAGAAGUUCCAAAUGGCGACGAAGGCGGUGAUUUACCCCUGGAGGCCGCGCGAGGUCGAUGGCGGCGGCGGACUGCCCGCUUCCCGCCGCGACUUCUGGCGCCUGUGGCAGCGGAUCAUGCGGUACAACGAGCGGCCGGCGCGGACCGUGGCCUUGUUCUUGGAUGCCGAUCCCGCCGCUGCGGCGGAAAGCGACGGUGGCGACGAAGACGACGAUAUCCCCGUCGUCCUGGCCCAAUGGCAGGACACCCGCAGCCCCUCGCUCGUCAGCCGCGUCGGCUUGCGCGCAGGCGACGUGCCCCGCUUGUGGCCCGUCGUGGUCAGCCCGCGCGCCCACGGCUUCUAUUCUGUCUCCCGCAUGGACUUGCUCGCGAGGCGGAGAAAAGAAGGGCAUGAGAGCAGCCCGGUCUUCCCCGCCACCGACCGUGUCGAGUGCCUGCUCGGCCCCGACGCGCGCUUCUUCGUCGACCCGCCGCCGUGGGAGUUUGCGGACGAUCACGGCUUGAGCGAAACGCAUCCGUGCUUUUUCUUGACGAAGGCGGAGGGCGAGGAGGGCGGGGUCGAGGGCAUGGUGAAGUUGAUGCAGAGGGAGGUGUUUAAUGUUGAGGUUGCGGGCGUGGAGGCUGGCCCGUAUGCGUUUGUGGAGUGGGAGGGUGAGGAGGAUGGCGGGAUGGAUGAUGCGUUGAUGUUGGCGGUGCAGUGCUGGGAGGGAGGCGUUCAGGUCGAAGGAGGUGCUGUAUUCGAUGUGGGGGGGUACAUGAGGUCGUUGGGCGAGGAUGAAGAGGAAGAGCUGAUUGCGAUGGAGAACGACGAGUCGCUGGAUGAGGAGACGAAGUAUCAGAAGAGGCUCGAAAUGUACAGGGAAUGCAUCGUGGUCUCACGAACCAACGUCUUGGAGCAGGAGUUUCAUGAGGCAUGGUUCAACUUUACCGUGACGGAAAUGAGCUUUGGUACGCUAUUCGAUAUGGACCAGGCUCAGACUAUCGAGCGGCGUUGGAAGUCAGAAGAGGAGAAAAGGCUGGCAUUUGAAAGGUGGGACCGUUCGGAACGGCGCCGGUAUGCGUAG